CAAAAGAGGAGGAGUACAAGUACAAGUGGUGAUCGUCCUAACAUGUGUGAUCUAAAAAUCAUUCUUCUUGGAAAAAGUGUAUCAGAAAACAUUCGAAUCAGAAAUUUAAUCCUGGGAAAAGAUCCAUGUGAUAAUGAAGAUCCGGCAGCCCUUUUGAGGCACAAUGUGACGCAGAUGGCUGGAAGAGUGAAAGACAGACAUGUGAGGGUCAUUAACACUCUUCAUCUGCUGAAUCCAGACACUACAGAUCAUCAGAUCACACAGACAGUCAAAGAGUGCGUAGAAAUGUCUGACCCAGGACCUCAUGUGUUCAUACUUGUACUACAGUACAAAGACUUCACAGGGGACGACAUGAGAAGAGUCAAAUAUGUGCUCAACACAUUCAGUGAAGAUGCACUUAAACACACCAUUGCUCUCACCACUGAUAAAGAGACACCCAGAUCAAUGUUAAGUGCUUUUAAACUGACUGGAGGCUCUGCUGCGGUGCAAACUAUUCAUCAGUUAAUGAAGGAGUGUGGAGGAGGACAUGUGCAGCUAGAUGAGGGAAAUAAAGCAGAUGUAGUUCAGCUGACUGAUAAGAUUCUCCAGGAAAAUCAGGAAGCGUAUCUCACAUGUGACACAUUAGGUGAAGUUAUGGGAACUUCUGUGGAUGAAGAGCCAGCCAGUUUAGAGGAUAGAAAUGAGAAGAGCCCUCGCCACAGUGAUGAUGGAAAACCCAAAGAGGCACAGAAACUGAGAAUGUCUGCAACCCUCACUGGGAGACAGAAGCUGAAUGUGGUGCUCUGUGGCAGUAAUGGAUCACUUAAAGUCUCUGUGUCAAAACUUUUACGUGGAAAAAAGUUAAAAUCAACAAGUAGGCAGGCAAGUAGUGAAAUAUGUGUGAAGAAAGAGAAGAUUCAUGGUCGUCAGAUCAGUCUCUUGGAGCUUCCAGCUCUCAAUCGUCUCUCAGAAGAUGAAGUGAUGCGUCAGACUCUCCACUGUGUCUCUCUCUGUGAUUCUGAAGUUCAUGCUUUCCUCCUCAUUAUUCCUGUUGGUCCUCUGACUGAUGAAGAUAAAGCUGAAAUAGAGACAAUUAAAAGAACAUUUGACUCUUGUGAGCAAUUCAUACUAAUGUUCAUGACAAAACAGACUGCUGAAGGACCUGUGACAGAUUUUGUUAAAGUCCACGAAGAUUCUAAACGAUUGUGCAGUCAGUAUGGUGGCAGAUACAAAGUGAUGGGGUUAAAGGAACAUAAAAAUUCAAAAAGGAUCCUAGAGCUGUUGAAUUACAUAGAGAACUUGAAAACUAAGCCAUAUUCACUUCAGAUGUACAUGACAGCUCAACAGAACAGAGUCAGGGGUGAACUGGAGGAAAAAAUGAGUGAAAUGGAAGAGAAAAUCAAAGACUUGCAACAGAGGAUUCAGACUGAAGGUUCUGAAGAUGAAACACACGAUCCUGAAUGUCUGAGGAUUGUGCUAAUUGGGAGAACUGGAAAUGGAAAGAGCGCAACAGGAAACACUAUUCUUGGAAGAGAGGAGUUUUGCAGCCAAUUAAGGCUAGAUUCAGUGACAAAUGUCUGUGAGAAAGGAGUUGGAGAAGUUGAUGGUCAAUCCGUAGCUGUUGUUGAUACUCCAGGGCUCUUUGACACAACACUGACAAAUGAUCAAGUGGUGGAAGAAAUAGUGAAGUGUGUUUCACUGUCAGCUCCUGGACCUCAUGUGUUUGUCAUUGUGUUGAGUUUGGGAAGAUUCACCAAAGAGGAGACCCAAACUAUAGAUCUGAUUAAGAAGAUAUUUGGUCAAAAAUCUGCUCAGUUCAGCCUCGUUCUGUUCACUAGAGGAGACGAUCUCAAAGAUCAAUCUAUAGAGGAUUAUGUGAAGAGAAGCAAAUCUGCAGAACUGCAGAAACUGAUCAGAGAUUGUGGAAACAGAUUCCUGGCUUUCAAUAACAAUGAAAAACAAGACAAAACUCAAGUGAUGAAGCUGUUAAACAUGAUCCAAGAGGUGAGAAAUAAUAAUCAGGGUCAAUUCUUCACUAAUGACAUGUUUGAGAAGGCAGAAAUGUCCAUUAAGAAGAAAAUGGUGGAGAUACUGAAAGAGAGAGAAAGAGAGAUUCAGGCUCAAAUUGAUGCAUUGCUGGCCAAAUAUGAAAUUGAAAUGAAAAAUGUUAUGAAGAGACUCGAGGAAGAGAAACAAAGAGCAGAAGAAGAGAAAAUGAAAAUGGAGAAUAAAUUUAGAGAAAAAGAGCAAAACCUCAGAAAAGAGUUUGAAGAGAAGGAGAAAACAGAUCAGAUCAAGCAAGAGAUUCAACACCAGAAACGAUUAGAAGAGGAAAAACAACAGAGAGCUGAAUAUCAUCAGAGAAUAGAAGAAAUGAUGAGAGAGAUAGAAAGCCAGAGAUCACAGUAUGAACAACAGCAGAAAGAAAGAGAAGAAGAAGACAGAAAGAGAGAAGAGAAAUACAGACAAGACCAAGACAAGAUGAGAAAUGAACAAGAGCGAAUUAUAGCAGAGGUACAGAAGAAACAAGAGGAGGAAAUAAAGAAGAAAGAAUAUGAUAAUCAAAAGAGGAACAAGGAAGAAGAGGAGGAGAGACAGAGAUGGGAAAGAAGAAUAAAAGAAGCUGAAAAUGACAGAGAGGAGAUUCAAGAAGAUAUUAAACGACAGCAGAGAGAAUGGGAGGAUGAGAAGAAACGAAGGUUGAGAGAACGAGAGGAAGAAGAAAGAAAAAGAAGAAAGAAACACGAGGAACAACUGAGAGAAAAACAAGAAGAGCUGGAGAAAAUGAGGAAGAGAUUUGAAAGAGAAAAAGAAGAAGAGCGACAGAAGAUGGAGGAGGAGAAACUGAAACAGAGAAGAGAAAGAGAAGAAAAGGAGAGUGAAUAUGAGGAAAAGAGACAGGAGACAAAGAGACAUUAUGAGGAGCUGGAGAGAGAGAGGAAAGAGGAGUGGGAGAGAAGAAAACAAGAAGAUGAAGAGAGACGAGAAGAAGAAAGAAAGAGAUGGAAGAGAAUGAUUGAAGAUCUGAAUGAGGAAAAAGGUAGGAGAGAAGCAGAAGAGAAAGACAGACAAAAGAUAAAAGAGAAAGAGAGAGAUGAAAUGAAACAGAAACAUGAAGAGGAAAUAAAACAGAUAAGGAAGAAACAUGAAGAUGAAGCCAGAAAACAAGCAGAAGAACUGAAUGAUUUCAGAGAGAAAAAAGAGCAGCUCAUUCAGGAGCUUCAGCAGAUGCUGGAAGAACGUCAACAUCAACAUCAAAUACUGGAGAAAAUUUAUCAACAUCUGCAAGAACAGAAAGAAGAAGAAAUCAAAGAUCUACUACAAGAAGUUGAGAGAAUGAAGAAUAAAUUUAGCUGCAACAUUCUGUGAUGGUCACCACCACCUUUCUAUUAGUAAUGACAAAUCAGAUUUCUGUUGUGUGCUGCUUAAAAAUAUCUCCCCAUCUGAUUGUCCUUACUUUUUAAAUGGGAUGCUAGUUCUGAGACAUGCUGCUGUAUUUUUACAAAUCAACAAAAAUCACAUCCGAUAUAUACUAGACACUACCAUAACACAUAUACUACUCAGGGAUUUAUAGAUUUUAUCAAGAUAAUAAAAAAAUCCUUGACACCCCUACUUAAAAACUGUAUACUGUUUGCUGUCCAUUUGUAAGGUUGGUUUCCCUACAGUGGUUCAGGCUUUAGGAUUCCUGAAUCACUAGAAAAAAUGGUUUGAUGCUGUAAAACUGUAAAUCUCUAGUCUAUGACUACCAUUUUAACUUUUUGACCAUGUGACUAGAUCUGACCUGAAAAGAUCAGAUUCCAUGCGGUUUGGGCUGUUCACACUAUCAUUGCCUGAGUCACAUGUGGGCAAAGAAAUCUGAUUCGGGCCACAUUUGGCUGCAGUGUAAACAUAGCCUCAAAGCCAAAUCUGAGAAAAUGUAUGAAGCUGCUUCCAAAAACUAAUAAAAGUUGGUUUUGACU